AACUGAAAUUAAGAAGCGUAUGAUUUUAACUUCUCAGCAAUCUCUCUCUUCUCUCUCCUCUAAACCUGAUGAAUAUACGAUUUAUGCUCUCACGUUCUGAUCAGUAGAGCCAUCACUCUGAUAAUAAGAUGCCUGGAUUAGGAAUUGAGACUUGGGGAUUGAUGAAUGUACUGAACCUUUUUGGCACAUGCUUUUGGAAGAAAUGUCAGUGAUGUGAAUGUUGGCCAUCGGGUAAGGUGUUGAUGAACAGAAAUUAGGGUUUUAAGGUCUGCAGAGAUGGAGAAGAUUUCUGGUGGAAUUGAACAAGAGAAAACAACAAUUUGUGGAGAAGACGAUGAAUAUUCAAUAUCACAGAAAGCAUCUCAGACUUUGUGGGCUACUGGAAAGCUUUCUGGACCAAUUCCUGACGGUUUCUAUUCAGUUCUUCCUGAAGGAAGACUUCGGCAGCUUGAUACUAGCAUUCCUUCACUGGAUGGAAUUUUUUCCCUUGACUCGGAAGAUAUUAUAGCAGAUAUCAUUCUAGUGGAUGCAGAAAAGGACAAGAAGCUUUCUAUGUUGAAACAGCUAGCUGUAACUUUAGUAAAGGGACUGGAUUCAAAUCCAUCUAUAUUGACGAAAAAGAUUGCUGGAUUGGUUUCUGAUAUCUACAAACAAUCAAACCUCUAUUCAAGUCCUGCAAGAGCUGGACUGGAGGAUUUUUCCUGUGCUUCAACUAAUCAGGUUCAGAUGCUGGGUCAAAUAAGGCAGGGAACAUGCCAUGCCCGAGCCAUCUUGUUCAAGGUUCUAGCUGAUUCUGUUGGCCUUCCCAGUAGCCUUGUCGUGGGUUUACCCAGCGAUGGCAUUAUGGAGCGAUCAGAUUCCCACAAGCACAUGUCUGUAACAGUAAUCCUGAAUUCUGUAGAACAACUAGUUGAUCUUGUGCGUUCUCCAGGCCAGUUGCUACCCAACUCAACCAAAGCAAUCUUGAUGUCUCAUAUUUCUGCUGCAGGCGAGGGUGACUGUGCAGACAAUGACUCGUGUGAUUCGCCCCUAGAACCAAAUAGUCCUCUAUGUAGCUUUACAGAUCAAGUAGGUGUUGAAAGAGUUGAGAACAGUGACGCCUUCUUGUCGCCACAUCAUUGUAAGCUUGAAGCAUCUGGCUAUGUACCAGGUCCAUCCUUGCGUAAUAUUAUGCUUCGACAGAGAAUGAAAGAAGGAAAGCUAAAUUCAUCGAAAAGUGAACCCAAUGUAGGAAAUGCACUUUGGUGGAACAACAGGAAGAAAGUUGCUGCAGAACAACAUACCGUUAGUCUAAGUCCAGAGCAUCCAUUAUUACGUGCACGUGGAAGAUCAAAUUUAGGCUGUCAAAGAGACUAUUUUAGGGGAUUCACAAAGGACGUCUCUAUAUCAAGGUCAGCAGGUGCAUCUCCUGAAACUCGUAGAAGACGAAGAAGUAUCAGCGAGAUUCCAAAGAUUGGCGAUGAUAUUGUGAGAGCUGUUCGUGCAAUGAAUGAAGCUCUAAAGUUAAACCGUCUUGCAAAGGAGCAUGUUGACUCAGGUGGUAGUUUGUCUACAAGCAAAGAAGAUAGCGAGUUAGAUUCUCAUGAACAUGCCUCAAAUUUCAAUUCGGAUGAACAUAAUGAAAAGUCAGCUACAAUGUCUCCACAAUAUUUUCUAGAGAGAAAGCACAUUGGUUCACAAAAAGCGUUCUCAUUGCCUACGUCCCCUCAUAAAUUCAGUAGUCAAUCUUCUACAACAUCUGAAGCAGUAGAACUUGGGGGAAACAAUGAUAUGGUCAAUAUAUGGAAUAAGGUACUUGAAUCAUCCAAGACCCUAAACAAGCCUCUGUUGCCUUUUGAAGAAUGGAACAUUGAUUUCUCUGAACUGACUGUUGGAGCUCGCGUAGGGAUUGGUUUUUUUGGAGAAGUUUUCCGCGGACUUUGGAAUGGAAUAGAUGUUGCUAUAAAGGUUUUUCUGGAACAAGAAACAACCACUGAAAACAUUGAAGACUUCUGCAAUGAGAUAUCUAUUCUAAGUCGUCUUCGCCACCCAAAUGUUAUUUUAUUUCUUGGUGCCUGCACAAAGCCUCCUCACCUGUCAAUGAUAACAGAAUAUAGUGAAAUGGGAUCAUUGUAUCAUUUGAUCCAUGCAAGUCUAGAGAGAAAGAGAAUAAGCUGGCGAAGGAGAUUAAAAAUGUUGUCAGACAUUUGCAGGGGUCUAAUGUGUAUACACCGAAUGAAAAUAGCACACCGUGAUCUAAAGACUGCAAAUUGCCUUGUGAAUAAGCACUGGUCGGUUAAGAUAUGUGAUUUUGGGCUGUCACGAUUUCUGUCAACCAGACCUAUGAAGGAUUCUUCAUCUGCUGGAACUCCAGAGUGGAUGGCUCCUGAACUCAUACGCAAUGAGCCCUUCACAGAAAAAUGUGAUAUAUUCAGCCUUGGUGUUAUAAUAUGGGAACUAUACACUCUUAAUCGACCAUGGGAAGGUGUACCUUCUUUACAAGUGGUUGAAGCUGUUGGUAGAGAAGGACAGCGGUUGGAAAUUCCUCAAGGCCCUGUAGGCAUGCUAAUAUCAGAUUGCUGGGCUGAACCAGAUGAACGACCCAGCUGUGAAGAAGUUCUCUCGCGUUUGAUCCAAUGUGAGCACACAGUUACAUGCUGAUUUGACUCUAUAACCGACCCAGUGUUCGAAACCUUGUGUCUUAUUUCUUUACAAAUCAAUUUAUGAAUCAAAAGUUUGUUCAAACCAGAGACAAUAAGAUUUCAUGGAAGGAGUUGAAAAACAUAAGUUUUCCAUAUGUAUGUAAUUUACAUAGACAUGGGAGAUCAAAGAAAUUUUAUUUUCUUAA